CAUCCCUGAGCAUGCAGAGCGGCUGCAGACCUCAGAUCAGCCCAGCGUCGAGUAGACAUCCGCAGGCAUGAGCAGGAUGACCGCAGGUCGGUGCUCCGUGAUCAGCACCCGCAUCGUUGGAGGAAUCCGCAGGGACAAGCCCAAACUUAAGAUGUUCAUGAUAUCUGUGUUGUGGGCUGAUGAGUCUGAAGUGAUCAUUUACAGGUCCUUCCAGGAUUUCAAGAAGUUUCACAAGCAACUAAAGAAGAGAUUCCCUCAUUUUAAUCCUUUUCGGAAAGAAGACAGAAUUAUCCCAAAGUUUAGUGGAAAGGCCAGAAGGAGCAGCCUGCAGCAGAAAGGGUCCAGUAAGUCUAUCUGGCAGAUGAAGUUCCUGGAGAGCUACUGCAAGAAACUGCUGAAGUGUGACCCAACUGUGACCCAGAGUUCAGAGGUCACACGCUUCUUUACGCCCAGGGACCACGACCUACAGCCGGACUACACCAAGAACACUGUCAUGAUCCUGAUGUCUGACGAGCUGCUGGAUGGAGAACGGGGAGGCGGAGCUGGUCGUCACUCUGUAGGAAAUGUCACCGACCCAUUCGUCACCCAGACAUACCGCAGCGUCGCUCCUUAUGAGACCAAGGACACCAAGAAUAGACCUUUUAAGGUGGCUGCAGAUGAGAAACUGGAGGUCUUGAUCAAAGAUCCUGCAGGGUGGUGGCUGGUGGAGAAUGAGGAGAAGCGUCUGGCUUGGUUUCCUGCUCCCUAUCUGGAGUUGGACGAUGGAGAGGAUGGAGAUGAGCACGAAUCUUUGGCAGGUUCUCUCUACUGCACUGUGAGGAGUUAUUCCACCAAGAAGGCUGAUGAGGUGUCUGUGUCCAUUGGCUCCGUGGUGGAGGUGCUGAGGAAGUCUGACGAUGGCUGGUGGCUCAUCAGAUCCAAUGGGAAGGUUGGCUACAUCCCCUCUAUGUACCUGCAGCCAUACAACAACCCACGGGCCGGACUUCAUGGGCUGCACAGGAAGCUGCACAGCUCCUCUCUGAACCUGGCAACCCCUAGAGAGUCUCUGACGUCUCGUCCACCUAGAAUCAGCGAGGACAACUCCCAGCACCACCUCACCCCUCGCUCUGGUCAGCAGACCAGAGCUCUCGCCUGUUUCCACAGGGCCCAGUCCCUGAAUGUUCUCUCUGAGUCCUGGCAGCGGACAGAGAGGGACGCCUCCACGUCCAACAGCACAGACUCCAUCUUCUCCGAGUUCUCCUCCAGCAGCGACUCCACAUCAAGUCUGAAAGAGGAGCCCCAGAGCCCUACAGGUCACCACAUUGCCCCUUACCAGCCUGACAUCAGCCCCGAUCACAGCCUCUCUGACCGCCGCAGCUCCAGCACCAGCUCUGACAGCGCUGGAUCCCAAGGCAACAAAGUCACCCCGGGUCCUCCCAGGGUUCCUCCCAGACCCAAAGCCGAGGAGAUCCUGACUCGCUGCACCACCAUGACACGCAAGGCCGCUCAGGUCACCAAGACCAGGCUUCAGAUUCAGCCAGACUCCACUUACAGUCGUUAGAGAAACCACAGUAUUUAUCACUAAUAAACCCGAUUUCAUCAUUAUUAUACACACACUAAAUAUAAAACACAUUAUAGGCUCAGUCAAGUAGGUUUGCCUAGUUUUUAGUUUAGUUUGGGGAAAACUAAACUAAACUAAAAAAAAAGGUUUACGUCUGUUCUGAUGUUGGAAGCAGCAAACUGGAUUAGCAUUUUGUCUGUUUGCUGCAGGCGUUUGCAUGUUAAGGUGUAGCUUCAGUGAAGCAUUUAAAAGAGUAAAAUGAAGGAAAUGUGUGAUUUUUACAUUAAGUAGCACAUUUUUUAUUUAUAGUGUGAAUAAAGGAGCUUUCAUUUGAUUAAGGGAUUCAUUGAAUGACUUUCACUUUCUUACAUUUAAACUUUUUUUUGGUGAAUGUAAGUAAAAAUGGGAUUUUUUUCCAUUUGUAUUAUCAUUUAUAGCACAUUUAUUCCUUUAAUGUACUGUAUUUUACAAACUUGUAUCCUGUGUUUCAACAAUUUUUGUGAUGCGGCUGAAAACAGCUAGAACAGCACAAGUGUUAACCCUCCGAGCGUCUCUCUUACUUUUGAUGUUAUUAAGCUUCUGAUUGUGUUCUGUACAGCGGCCGAUGUCUGAGAUGUGCCUUUAAAUGUUAUAGAAGCAGAUUAUUAAAAUGAAUUCUGUGCAGAACUGUUACAUGUGGGAAUUUAUUCUGGAGCAAAAUUUAAAAAUGGCAGUCAAACAAAAAAAAAUCUGUCUUUUUUUUACACAGCAAAAUAACCUUUAAAGGGACACAUUAUACAAAACUCUCCUUUUGCAUCCUUUUGUGCUGCCAUGUGAGUCUCUUGCCUCUACAAACACUCCAAACAUGAAAAUAAUCUAAUAAUCUACUUUCAGUCGGGUUUUUUUUCUUUAAGAAUUAUUUGUCCAAAACAAGUCAUUUCAAAAAGUCCCUUUUUGUGAUGUCACAAAUGGGGAAAUUAGCACAGAAACACCUCUGACUUGAAGGAGUGCUGCUGCUGGAGUAGCAGCAACUCUAUUACAUGUCCUGCAGAUAUCAGAGCUUCUCAGCUUAUAGCAGCCUGAGUGGGGAAUGGGUGGGUGUGGCCAACUCCAGCUUGUUGUCUUAAAGUGACAUAGCCCUUAAACAGCUCAUUCUGGAAGGUCCUGACAUUGUCAAGAAUUAAACUUGUGAAAACCCUUUAUGUGAGAGAGGGAUUUGGGGGGAAAACUUCAUAAACAGGUUUUGUAUUGACCAAAGGACUAUUAUAACUUAAGGGAAAAAGGCAUAUGUCCCUUUUAAAAACAAAAAAAAAAAUCACCAGGAUAAAUACGCCCUCUGUGCGUAUCUCUGUUUUAAUCCAGCAGCACAUCUAAAGUUGAUGCACAUGGACAUUUUAUACCUCUGAAAGCAUGAGGGGUGGAAAGCAUAAAUACAGAAGUAUAAUCAGGAACACAUGGGUGGGUUAACAAGGGGCAGGAGAGUCCAGUAAACAACUAAUUAGGGGUAAACGAGACCAAGAGUCAGCGGGUUUGGAGCAGAUCCUGACAGUUUGUUCUCAUUAUCAUUACCACCCAUGAAUAAUCAAUAAUCAUCACAUGAAAGGGAAUGUUGACUAAUCUCAGCUGAUCCAGAUUCAAUCUGACAUGGUUCACACAGUUUCCGGGUACACCCGAUGGGUACACCUAAAACAAGUUGGUGCUGAAUCCCAAACGCCUCGGGUCUGAAGAAGAGCGGGGUUUGAAUUGAAGCUAACCAUCGUGACAUUUUUAUCUUUUAAACAAACACACAACAUGUCGUUACUCACAACCUAACUCAAGGGGAUAAACUCCUCCUGCCAAAAGUAAAGCCAACACAGAAGUGCCUAUUUUAUUCUUAUUUUUAUGUAUUACUUUUUGCUAUUUUUUUGGGAAGAUUAUGUACUUUCUAAAUGGUAAAAUGGUAAAUGGCCUGUAUUUGAUAUAGCGCCUUCUAUGUGAUGAGUGUUUUUUUUAAUUGAUACUGACAGCUGUGCGGUACUUUGAAAGAGCUUUACAACAAAAAUUGCAGUUCCCCGCUUAUCCACUAGGGGCUGGCACCAGACAGGAGCCAAUUCCCAUGUUAAAAAUAUCAACGUCAUAGCAGAAAUAAACGUGUUUACAGCCUGGUAAAAAAACAUUCAGUAGCUCAGGAGGUAGAGCAGGUUGUCCAGUAAUAGAAAGGUUGUAAAUUUGACCAGAGAAUGCUGCUGUUGUGUCCUGGGCAAGACACUUAACCCACCUUGCCUGCUGGUGUUGGUCGGAGGGACUGGUGGCGCCUGCGUUCAGCAGGCCUUGCCUCUGUCAGUGUGCCCCAGGGCAGCUGUGGCUACAUCAUAGC